AUGGAUGCAUCGCGCUACCGUUAUCAGGUGCUGUCGCUGCCAGCAGAGACGAGAAUCUUAACUAUCGCCCCUGGCAAAUUCAAUGAUGCCCUCGUCUGUAGCUUGACGCACAUUCAUAUCGCAUCGCCGGGUGAGCCCUACGACGCGCUGAGCUACUGCUGGAGUGGCAGCGUCGUUGUUGAUAAGCAGCCCGACCCAGAGCAGGUGCUCUUGUGCGCGGUAUACGGAAGAGACGAAGAUGGCAACCUUGUCAACGAGAGCUACGAGCUCGCGUGCAAGGACAUGCUAGACCACCGCCAUUACGCCAGCUCUUAUAUCCGCCUAGGAUUCAAGCUCCCGGACGGUCCCAUCUUUAUUGACGGCGUCGAAGUGGUGAUCAGUGGGGAGUUGCGAAGGGCCCUGCAGCGGUUGAGGAGCGAGGAGGAGCCCCUGCGCCUCUGGGUGGACGCCCUGUGCAUCAACCAGGGCGACAUCGCGGAGCGGAAUCAACACGUGCGAAUGAUGGGACAGAUAUACGCCAACGCCACCCGGGUCCGGAUUUGGCUCGGCGAGGAAAUCGGAAUCGAGAUGGAGAUGAUGAACACCAUCAAUGCGGUAUACGAAAUCAUGACUGACCUGCUCGUCACCCAGGGCAUGCUAGAACAAGAUGCUUCUCUGGGCCAGAUACAAUGGAGUUUCAUGAACGACGAGAGGACGGCGAAUCUAGAGUGGGAGAAGCUGGCAGAGUUGUUCCACCGUACGUGGGUGAUACAAGAGAUUGCCAAGGCGAAGGAGGCCCUGCUCCACAUUGGGUCGCUCGAACUCAACUGGUCCUACCUCGCGGGUUGUUUCAUGGCUCUGAAGCGCUACCGCCUUGACGCCCCAAUCGCCGACUACAAAGGCAUCAAGGCAAUAUGCAUGAUGGAAUCACUUCGUCAAGAGAUCGCCACGAAAGACCAGGGAUGCUCCGAGACCCCCUUGCUCACCCUCCUUGAAGAGCUCCGCGAUUUCAAGAGCACCAUGGCCAGUGACAAGCUCUACGGUAUCAUUGGCCUGACCAGCGACCCCAUAGCCCAACGACUCUCGGUCAACUACACCAAGACCCCAGAACAAAUCUUUACCGACCUCGCCACCGACUAUUACAACUCGAAUUCCCUCAAGAUCCUCUCACACUGCGUCUCGGCCCCCACAAAACAGUCCACUCUGACUCUCCCCUCGUGGGUCCCAGACUGGUCAAUCUCGGGCUACGUUGAACCCCACUACAUCCGCGGCCUCAACGCCAACGCCUGCGGCGCCCUCUCUAACCCCUCCCUGAGAAUCUCGUUUCCCGCCCUGUAUAUAAAAGGCCGCCUCCUCGACAGUCUCGCCGCCGUCGAGACUAAGAAGUGGAUCCCCCCGCCCCGCGUCGACUACCACAUCCGAACUACCACCGAGGAUGACAACUUCGGCUCGGACAAAGACAACGAGCAAGGUACACAGGCCGACCCUGCCAUGAAAAACAUCGACCCCGCGUACCGCAGCCGCAAGCACACCCAGCGCUUCCUCGCCAACUUGCGCGAUCAGCAGAAAGAAAUUGUCGGCAUCGCUUUCCCAGACAAGGUUUACACCGCCGAGACAUACGAGGCGCUCUGGCGUACCUUCAUGUGCAACCGAACGCGCGAGGGCGAGGUGCCCGAGGCAGGCGCCGGCGCCAUGGGCUUCGAGAUACACAUGGACGUAGUGCUCGGCAAGGGCGGCCCUAGAGCCGUGCUGGCGGAGAAGAAGGCGUGCAUGCUGCGGCACGGGCACCUAGUUAACGAAGAAGCCGAGGCGUGGCUGCGGGGUGCGACGGAAGCGUACGAGAUGGUGUCGGGUGCGACGUCCAAGUGGUGCCACAACCGCCGGUUCUUUAGGUCGAAUGCCGGGAGGUACGGCUGGGCGGUGGACGGGGUGAGGGCGGGGGAUGUAGUUGCUGUGUUUUACGGGGCGCAAUUUCCCUUUGUCUUGCGGGAAGUGGACGGGACAGAGGGCGAGGGGAAGAGAUACCGUAUCUUAGGGGAUUGCUUUGUGCAAGGCCUGAUGGAAGGUGAAGGUAUGAACGAGACAGACGUGGACAAGGAGACCGAGUUCUGCAUAGUUUGA